ACACUGGAGGAAAUCUCUGCUGCUGGUCCAGAUCCCCCUUGCCCCAGGAUGCUGAUGCUGCUGAUACCUUACCUCAUGCUUGCUUGGUUCUCCGUCUGCCUGGCAGAUGUCCAUCAGCUGGAGGCAGCCAAAAUAAUGAAUGCCACACCAGUGGUGGACGGUCACAAUGAUCUGCCUUGGCAGUUGCUGACAAAAUUCAACAACCAGCUGUCUUUAAAGUCAGCCAAUUUGCAGGAGCUGCAAGACACUCAUACCAAUAUUCAGAAGCUGCGUCUUGGACAUGUAGGAGCACAGUUCUGGGCAGCCUAUGUGCCCUGCGACACCCAAAACAAAGACGCAGUGAAGCGAACUCUGGAGCAGAUUGACGUCAUCCAUCGGAUGUGCCACCAAUAUCCAGAUGCCUUCAAGUGUGUUACCGACAGGGCAGGCAUCCGGGAGACUUUGGGCACUCAACGCGUGGCCAGCCUCAUCGGCGUGGAGGGGGGCCACUCCAUUGACAGCAGCUUGGCCGUCCUGCGCACCUUCUACCUGCUGGGCGUGCGCUACAUGACCCUCACCCACAGCUGCAACACUCCCUGGGCUGAUAACUGGCUGGUAGAUACAGCUGAAGGGCAGCCUGUUCACCAUGGCUUGACGGAAUUUGGGAAGCGUGUGGUCCAUGAGAUGAACCGCCUGGGCAUGAUGGUGGAUUUGUCCCAUGUUUCUGUGGAGACAAUGAAGGCGGCCUUAAAGAUCUCCAGGGCCCCCGUGAUAUUCAGCCACUCCUCGGCCUAUGCAAUCUGCCCAAGCAGACGGAAUGUACCAGAUGAUGUGCUCCGCCAAGUGAAUGAGACACGCAGCCUUGUAAUGGUCAACUUCUACAAUGACUACAUCUCCUGCAGCAGCCAUGCCACUCUGACCCAGGUAGCAGACCACAUGGACUAUAUAAAGCGCAUUGCUGGACCAAAGGCUGUUGGCAUUGGAGGAGACUAUGAUGGGGUACCCAGAGUCCCUCAAGGCUUAGAGGAUGUCUCCAAAUACCCAGACUUAAUUGCCGAACUGUUGAGGAGGAAAUGGACAGAAGAGGAAGUGAAGGAUGCCCUGGCCAAUAACCUCUUGCGGGUCCUAGAAGAAGUGGAGCAGGUGCAGAAAGAGAUGGCUCGUGAAGGAAUUGCCCCCGAUGACACACCCAUUGCCUUCCAGGAACUGGAGGGAGGAUGCCGAACGCGCCAUGGGUACCCCAACCAAGGACACCACCCAAGAGCUUUGCCGGCUAUGUUCUUGCUACUAUUGCUCUCCACAUUGAUCUAAUAGAAGCCCCAGGAUCUCCUUCCUUGUGGACUGAGUGGAUCCUGCUGGGUUAGGAUUUUUACAUCCAACUACUAUCACAUUCCAAAUUUUGCCCAAACCUUGGAAUACUCCCUUAUUACCUCCAUUAAUUUAUGGCCAGUUACCAAAAUACCAUUACUGCCUCAAACACAGCUCGUUCCUAAUGUGGACAUCAGAGGCAAGCAAAAUCCUGCUUUGAACUUUCCGAAGUACUUGCUAGUUGCCUUUUUUGCUUUGCAGAUACUGGGAGCAUGCUUAAUGCUGGACAUGUAUGGUGGGGAGUAUAGGGAGCAACAUAUUGUACCACUUAUUGUACCACUUCUUGGGUUUGCCUGGUUCUUUUUUCCCACCUUGUGAAGAACAGAGAUUAUAGCAGAAGGGAUGACAAGAGAGUAAG